CCUCACAAACAUUCUGCCCUCCCAGGCAAGGCCUACGGCUGUGUGGGAGGCUACAUCGCCAGCAGCGCCGCCCUGGUGGACACAGUGCGAUCCUUUGCGGCUGGCUUCAUCUUCACCACCGCCCUGCCCCCCAUGGUGCUGGCCGGAGCCCUGGAGUCCGUGCGGGUCCUUAGGGGCCCCGAGGGGCAAUCCCUGCGCAGAGCCCACCAAAGGAACGUUAAACACAUGAGGCAGCUGCUCAUGGAUAAGGGCCUGCCUGUGGUCCACUGUCCUAGCCACAUCAUCCCCAUACGGGUGGGCAAUGCAGAGCUGAACACCAAGGUGUGCGACAUCCUGCUGGAAAGACACAGCAUCUACGUGCAGGCCAUCAACUACCCCACAGUGCCCCGCGGAGAAGAGUUGCUGCGCCUGGCUCCGUCUCCUCAUCACCAGCCUGCCAUGAUGGAGUACUUUGUGGGUGAGUGACACAUGCUGGGCAAUGUUGGUUGGUUGUUCUAUGCAAG